UUUUUCUGUAGCUGUGUGCGUGUUUCUUGUUCAAAAAGGUGUGCUCGCAUUACGUCUUUUGCAGAAAUUUACGUCUGUGCUGAAGAAUUAUUUUGCGUUUGAAGAAAAACAAUAUUUCUUUCGGAGUAUUAUUGCAAACUAAAUUAACAAAAUUUAAUUAAACAGUGCAUAUAGGAAAUUAUAACUGGAUUUAGUCAUACUGUGAGCGACGCAUUCAGUUUUAGAUUCCUUAUAAUAUAAUCUCUCUCUAGGCUCGUAUUGUAUUCAAAAAAAUUUGUGGGGCAACCGUUUACCCAAUAAAAACAAACGUUGUUUUAAUUUUUUGUAAACUCUAAGUAAAAAAACAAAUAAAAAACACAUCAAAAUGUCAACAGUCGAUAAAGAGGAAUUGGUCCAAAAGGCAAAAUUGGCCGAACAAUCUGAAAGAUACGAUGACAUGGCUCAAGCUAUGAAAUCAGUCACAGAAACCGGUGUUGAACUGUCAAAUGAGGAAAGAAAUUUACUCUCAGUAGCCUACAAAAAUGUUGUUGGUGCCCGCAGAUCAUCGUGGAGAGUAAUUUCCUCCAUUGAGCAGAAAACCGAAGCCUCCGCCAGAAAACAACAGCUCGCCCGCGAGUACAGAGAACGCGUGGAGAAGGAACUUAGGGAAAUCUGUUAUGAAGUCUUGGGUCUUCUUGACAAAUACCUUAUUCCCAAAGCCAGCAAUCCAGAAAGUAAGGUUUUCUAUCUGAAAAUGAAGGGAGAUUAUUACAGGUAUUUAGCUGAGGUAGCCACAGGAGAUGCACGCAACACCGUGGUAGAGGAUUCGAAAAAGGCUUAUCAGGAGGCUUUCGAUAUAGCCAAAAACAAAAUGCAGCCUACACAUCCCAUCAGAUUAGGUCUUGCUCUCAACUUUUCCGUCUUCUAUUACGAAAUUAUCAAUUCACCAGCGCGGGCUUGUCAUUUAGCUAAACAGGCUUUCGAUGAUGCGAUAGCUGAACUCGACACCCUUAAUGAGGACUCAUACAAGGACUCAACACUCAUUAUGCAAUUGUUGAGAGACAACCUUACCCUCUGGACUUCAGACACCCAAGGUGAUGGUGAUGAACCACAAGAAGGUGGUGACAACUAACAACCAAACUAAAUUGUUUCCUUUUUAAUGACUAUGAAAUAUUAAAAAAACAACAACAAAAUUUAAAACAAAAACAAAUAUUUUUAAACAAAACAAGAAAAUCCAAAAAAUUCAGCAGUAAAACAAAAAAUAUUUUAAUUAAAACAAAACUAAAUUAUAAAAAGCAUAAAGAACUUUUAAUAAAAAACCAACCAACAGCUAAGAAAGAAAAUAAAAACAAACAAAAAAAAUAGUCUUGGAUCUUCUACAACAACAAACAAUAAAAUAAUAACAACAACAACAAAAUACAUGGUCAAUAUUAAUUAACAAACAACAACAACGUUUUUUGGAACAAAAACUAUUGUAAAGCAAACAGAGAGCAGGUUGUUUCCACUUAAAAAUUGUAAACAAAUGAAAAAUUGUGCUAACAAAGGCCACAUGGCGGGGGAAGUUGGAAAUCUAGAUGCUUUGGUCUUUUUUUUUUAAAAAAAAAACGAAAAGUAAAGGAAUUAGGAAAUGAAAUAGGAAACGCAAUAACUGUCUUUUUUUAUGCAAUAUAUUAAAAAUAUAUUUAUAUUUUUUCUAAUUUCUUUACUUUUUCUUUGGUUAUGAACCCUUUCCCCCGCUAUUAGCCUUUAGUUUUGUUAAAACUAAUUUUCUACCUUAAUAAAAUGUAUAAGAACAAACAGCUACAACCAAUUUUAGCAAUAAAAUAAAACAAGUGCAAAAACCAACCAACAAAAAAUCAGAAACAAAACAAAAAAUCCACUGUUUUUAUGAUCUAUAUAUUAAAAUAUAUUUCAUUAUUGUAUAUUUUUACCAUAAACAUACUUAUUUUUUUUUUCUUCUAUUUCUUUGUUUGCAACAAAAAAAUCUUUAUAUAUUUUAAAAAAAAACCGAGAACAUUUUGUGAGAAAAUAUAAACAUCAUUAUAUAUAUUUUAUUUUUUGUUAGGCAGAGCAUUAUAUUAUUUAUUAUUUUUAAUAAAUAAUUUCAAUUUUGUUUUUUUUUAUAAUAACCAAAAACAAAAAACCCAAAAAACCAAAA